AUGGUGACCGCUCAAAAUGAUCGAGAACAACAAGAAAUUUGCUCAGUGAAAGCCCUUUCUGAUUACAUGAAUAGAACGAGAGAUCUACGGGAGGAAUCGGGUUCAGAUAAGUUAAUUUCAACUAUUAGAAAACCUACCAGAAAUGCCAUUGCCCAAUCUUUAAGUCGCUGGAUGAAACAAAUCCUUAAGGAUAGCGGCAUUGAUGUUAACGCUUAUUCGUCACACAGUACGCGGCAUGCAUCGACAUCGGCAGCGAAGCGCGCAGGUGUCUCCAUAGAUGUCAUAAAAAGUACAGCUGGCUGUUCCAACGCUUCUCUUUGUUUCGCUAAGUUCUAUAACUUACCGUUAAAAGAUGGCGAACAAGACAGAGCUUUCGCUGAUGCAGUAUUUAGUAGGGAUGAAUGA